UGUCGUGCGCUGGGAUCAGUUUUGAAAGCUAGUAGCGAGCGGGAGCGUGUGACUGGACUGGAUUCAAUCAGCACAGCAGUGUUUUGGCGAUGGCGACAGACAUUGUUGCGCAGUUGGCCGAAUCUCUGGCUAAAACUGGAGUAGAAGAUGGAGAGCUGAGCUACAAAGGCCAGGGAAGAAAGCUGGACGAUGCCCAAUCAGUGGAGGAGAUCGUCAAGGAGAUCCAGGACUUUGAGGACUUGGAGGCUCUGAGGUUGGAGGGAAACACUAUCGGUGUAGCGGCAGCUCAGGCCAUCGCCAAGGCCCUCGAGACAAAGAGCAAGUUCAAGCGCUGUUAUUGGAGUGACAUGUUCACAGGUCGCCUGCGCUCUGAGAUCCCACCGGCCCUGAAUUCUCUGGGUGACGCUCUGAUGCUGGCAAACGCCCGGCUGACGGUUUUAGACCUCAGUGACAACGCCUUCGGUCCAGACGGGGUGAAGGGCAUCGAGAGGCUGCUGAAGAGCACCGCCUGCUACACCCUGCAGGAGCUGCGGCUCAACAACUGUGGCAUGGGCAUCGGAGGGGGAAAGAUCUUGGCUGCCGCGUUGAUCCAGUGCUAUAAGACGUCCAGUGCAGAGGGCACCCCCCUCGGCCUGAAGGCCUUCGUGGCAGGGAGGAACCGCCUGGAGAACGAAGGAGCCACCGCUCUCGCUCAAGCCUUCAAGCUGAUGGGCAGCCUGGAGGAGAUCAACGUGCCGCAGAACGGUAUCAAUCACCCGGGCGUCACGGCGAUGGCUGGAGCCGUGCAGAACAACCCCAACCUGCGCAUCCUCAACCUCAACGACAACACCUUCACUGAGAAGGGGGCCAUCGCCAUGGCACAGGCUCUGAAACAUCUCCGCAGCAUCCAGGUGAUAAACUUUGGAGACUGUCUGGUGCGGCCGGCAGGAGCCAUCGCCAUCGCAGAAACUGUAUCAGAGGGACUACCAAUACUAAAGGAACUCAAUCUGUCGUUUGGUGAGAUCACAGAGGAAGCCGCUCUGGCUGUGGCACACGCCGUAAAGAACAAGGAUCAGCUGGAGAAACUGGACCUCAACGGUAAUUGUCUCGGAGAGGACGGCUGCAAAGUUCUGAAAGACGCCAUGGAGGGCAUGAACAUCGCCGAUAUCCUCGGAUCGCUCAGUGACGAUGAUGGUGAGCCGGAGGAUGAUGAGGAAGAAGAUGAUGAUGAUGAGGAAGAAGACGAAGAUGACGAGGAUGUGGAUGACGAGGAAAUAGAGGAGGAAGAGGAGGAAGAAGAGGAGGACGAUGAUAGCAAUGGCAUCAAGUUGUCCACCCCUGCCUCAGCCCCCCGGCCUCCAGACGUCUCCUCCUUCCUCAGCUUCCCGUCUCCAGACAAACUGCUCAAACUGGGAGCCAAGAGAGCGCUGCUGAUCGAGCAGCAGGUGGAUGUAUCUGAUGCUUCAAAAACAGCUGAAGCUUUCCUAAAGAUCGCAUCUGUGUAUAAGGAGGAGAAUAAUGAUGUUAAGAUUGCCGUGUUGGACAGCAUCGAUGCCCUUCUGAAGAAAGCUUUUGCCACUCCGUCCUUCCAAGGCUACAGCUUCGUAUCGUCUCUGUUGGUGCUGCUCGGACUUCUCAAGAGUGAGGACAAGGUGAAGCCGGUGCUCGUGGUUCCCGGUCACCUCCACACUUUAGAGCACGUGGUUCGGCAGGACUACUUCCCCAAGGAGAACGUGGCGGUGCUGGAGGCCUUCUUGUCCCGGUAAGGGCGUGACAGAAUGAGCCAAUCAGCAGGCAGCUCCCAGAAACAACAAUGUUCUGGAGUCAUGCGGAAACGCCAGAGACGACCUCCAGUCAACACUGCAGAGAGUCAGGUCUGAGGGCUGAGGACACACACACAUGAUCACACACGCACACACAGACUGAACUUUGACUGAUCACUGUUGGACCUUUGGAAACCAGCACACACAUAGGCGCUCAAAUUUGAAGCAGAGCCGACUCCACUCGCUUCGCUGCGUCGGAAACAAAGCUCUCUCUGGACUGGACUUGAAUGUGUUUUGAAGAAAGCUGAUGCUCUUACGGUGUGAAAUAACUUAAGUGCUUUGUGUACAAUCAUAAAACCACAGGACGGCACUGACAACUUGGUCACCAUGCUCCUGUUGUAUUAGUGAAUAAGAAAAAGCCUUUCACUAUUCUCUAGAUCUGUGCGUGCAGAUUACACGUUUGGUGAAAACUAGAAAACCAUGUGAACAUUUUCUAUUUCCCAUAUACCUUUUAUUACUCUGUCGUUUUAUAUUAAAUAUUGAAUGUUUACUGAAUUCGAGAAAUAUGGUCAAACAAUAGCGUUAUUAAAAUAUAUAUUGACUGAUGAAUAUCAAAAUAGGACUGUAAAAUACAAUAGAAAUAUUAAAGGGAUGACAUUUAUUAAAUGUAUAUUCUGCUUUUACUGAGACACAUGGUGCAGAGUAUUUGUGUGCAUAAAUAAAGCUGCUUUGAGUGUU